UGUAGUCCCCUCCAUUAAAGGACCAAUAGCCUUGUAUUGUGAUAAUAACGGAGCUAUUGCACAAGCAAAGGAGCCUAGACACCACCAGAGAGUCAAGCAUGUACUUUGUAGAUUUCACCUUCUACGAGAGUUCGUUGAAAGAAAAGAAGUCGAGAUAAGCAAAAUUGGAACUGAUGACAACAUAUCAGAUCCACUGACUAAACCUCUGCCGCAGGCGAAGCACAACUCGCACACUGCAGCUAUGGGAAUCAAGAAUAUUGGAGAAUGGCUUUGAUGUCUCUGUUUAAUGUUUUAAAGUUUUAGAGUUUAAAUCUUUGUAAAAAAUUAUUGGUUAAUCAUUCACAAUAAAUGAAGAGAAUUCAUUUUUCCAUUUAAUUUGUGGUUUAUUAAAUGAUGAGUCCCUUCAAUUUGACGAUAUAUUCAAGAUAGACUGUCAGGACCAGUCCUGUGACUAAGAAAUGUCUAUCAAGUGAACUUGAAUGUCAAAGGUUGAAAAUGGUCCCUAGUCGGAGUUUUCUAUAAAAUUGGACGCAUAGAAAAUGUUAGACGACUAGAAUGCAAGAUGACUAGUAGUUCUGUUUCUUGAACGAUGUGGACAUGGCAAUGUCAUAAUCAUUUGCAUAGAUACUUAUUUUGUGAAGACUAGUAUCGGACAAGACCUAUGAAACUUUACUGUAAGAGAUGAAAAUCUGUCAUAAGUAAAUUUCAUUAAAAUUAUUAGACACUAAAUCCUCAAUACCUGAGUGAUUUGAGAUUACUUGUUUGAGAACUGGUUGCUUUGACGUUGACCAACCGUCGCACCGUAAAAGGAGGCUAUAAAGGCAACGUUCAGGUAAUCACCUAUCAAACGAAGUCUGUUGGAAUUUAAAGAUGGAAAAGCGCUCAAAACCUGCCUGCCAGGUUUUGGAAAACCGGCAGGUUUCUCAAAACCUGCCUGCCAGGUUUUCCGAAACCGGCAGGUUUCGAGUGUAAGUUGAAAAUCGGACUUAAAAGACAUUUUUUGAAGUGAACCGAAAACCGGCCGGUUUUGGAAAACCGGCAGGUUUCGAGAUCGGUUCUUGGUGUUGUCCGUUUUUGAUCUUCUCUUGGAUUCCUCCUUUAUGAUAACCUUUUAAGUAUUAUUUAUGGACAAUUAUCAUUCUGAUUAUGGUGAUUAAGUUGGUCCAUUAUUUCUCUUGAUUAUGGGGGUUAUCAACUCUUCAUUAUCAUGGGUUUAUGGUUGAUUAAUAUCAUUGAAUUCCUUUGAAACCUUUGAUUUCUUUGGAUUGUUUUGUCUCCUCCACACAUCCUAUAAGUACUCUUCAUUUUCUGAGUUGUUGGUACACACAUACAUUGAUCUCUUCCUCUCCUCCUCCUUUCCUUUUUUGUUUUGGAUGGAAGAAUUUUGGUUCAUGAUUAAGUCAUGAAUAUUUGUAUCUCUUCAAACCGUUUCCUUCUUAUUCUUUUGGGCAUAAGUUUAUGUGGCUCCAUCUCAUCACCCAAAAGUGCCUUUGUGUGUUGAGAGUUGUGUAAACCUUAGGGAACGAAUCGGUGGAUACAAUUGUGCACCCCGGUUGCACCGAAUCUCGUUUUCAAGGCAGUGGUUUGGUUACCACGGCGCAACGAUUUCCUAAACUCGUUCUUAUUCUUAUUCUAGUAUUUGCCUUGAAAACCCAAUUAUUACAACAAUUUGAAAACGAGAUAUAUUUCAAUGGCUAAAUACUUCUUAUGAUUUUUGAGGAAAUUUAUAUUUGUGAGUUUGAGUGAAAGAUAAAGGGAAUUUAGAAGGUUUCCAAAGAUGUUUUUCAUUCACGUUUUUCUGGGAGAAGUCUCAAAGAUUGAUCCGGAUCGAGGGUCAUCCGUGGUCCGAUUGUCCUGAAAUUUUGACACAAUAUCCGGGACAUCUUGGGCUUGAUUUUUAACGGUCGGAUUGUCAUUGGAUGAUCGCGAUCGUCAGUUACAACUUCAACAACGAACCUGAUAUUUCUGGAUACGGAAAGUCAAAAGUAACGUCUUGGAAGAAGAUGAUUGAUGAAUGGUGGUCAUGAUAUCGUGAUGGAGGAUUGAUUGAAGAUUUUGGAAUGUCUUACAAUACACAUACUUGAUUUAAUAUCAAGGGAGGUUCAUUCUAAACUACUUCUUUUAAUAAGAUAUUAUUCUAACAUGUUCAUUUCUAAUAGUCAUUUCAACAAAUUAUAUUUUGUGAAGAUGACAAUAUUAAAAUUGAUUUUUAUAUUGUCAAAUGAUGUUUGUUGGAAUGAUUACUAGAAAGUAGAGUAUUUGAAUUAUUUAUGAUGUAUGAACAUGUUAUUGCACUCUACAGUUACUUUGGUUUCAUGCAUGUUUAAUUUCAUGAGGAGACCUUAGUUUUAUUAAAGUUAUGUUUUUAGUCUUUUAAAGACUAAUGUGAAUUAUUUGUGCAUUGUCAUAUUUUCCUUGGUAGAGGAAUUUUGGGCUUGUGACUUUGUGUACUUGCUUUACUAAGGGUAUUUAGUAAGUAGUUUUAUUCUAAUAGUGAUUAGAUUAUUAGCCUUGUACGUUGUCAUUUCAAGCGCUAACUUGUCAUAGUAAUAUUGGUGUAUACGUAUGAUUCCAAGUUCUUGUUUAUCACCAUGAAUAUUGGGUAUGUAACUUCAUAAUCAAUGGUUUCUUAUGCAUUGUUGGAAAUAUGCAUAUUUAAUUCUUUGGAGUUUUUUGUGUACCCAUUGGAGCAAAUUAUCAUAAGCUUGUGAUGACCCCCUAGAACAUAAGUGUUUGAGUUUGUGGAAGCAAACUAUGUUAACCCUUUUCCUUGGAAUAUGUUGAGUGAGUUUUUACGUAUAAUAUUUUCCUUGGAUGUAUACCUGAUUAUUCGAGUCACUACACUUUUGGGAAUUUGACCAUUAAUCUUGUCAUGAUUGGUAUGGUGUUGUUUAAUGAAUUUUCUAUGGUUGAGACUAAAUAGCCUUUUUAUUUGUGUUGGUGUUGGAAUUUCAUUAAAGUUGGCCAAAAGUUUUGAGACUUGAGUUUUAAGGGUUUAUUGAUCUUAAAAUGGUUUUAUGGGAAUUGUUGAGUACAUAAUUUUAUUAUGGCAUUUCUCAUAGUUUAACCUUGUUGAGUGAUCAUUUUAUGAUCUUAAUUUUUGGGCUUAUUAUUUCCAUGUGGGGGUUGUUUUUGAAUGCUCAUGUAUUUUUGAGAGUUUCUCUUGGGAAACCUUUAGACCCCGGUGUUUUUUGGAAAGUGGUUGUGAGUCCAAAUAUUCGAGAUUCGAAAUUUUUAGGUGUCAUGUAAAAGAGACUUUUAAGUCCACUAUAUGGGAAGUGCCUAAUAUUUCAAUGUUGGACUUGUUUUCUUGGUCCUUGUAUUAUUUGAGUGUACUCUUUUUAUUAUGCAUGUAAUUCCAUGACUUCUUGGGAUGUUCAUCUUAUUGAUGAGUUUUGGUAUGUAUUUUUUUGAGUAUUCUCACUUUAACGGUAAUUCUUCUUUUAGCAUGUUUGUGCAUGAUGCAAUUAAUUGUUUGGCUAUGCAUGUUGGGUUUAAAGUGUCUCUUGCUUGAUUGUUCUAUUUUCUUCUAAUUCUUUUGUUAGUAGUGAACAAGUUGAAUUUAGAAGAGACUUGAAGUCAGAGUUUUCAAGGCAUGAGAAUUGCCCGUUAUGCUAAAGGACGUUUUUAUGUAUGCCUUGAAUUUGUGUUGUGUUUUCAAUUCCUAUGAGUAAGACCUUAAUUCCGUGAUUUAUCAAUGGAGACUUUUUGUCGUUAACCUUUGAGGGGAAGCUUUUGGGAGUAAGUUAAGCUUACUUGUGAGUUUCGCAACCUACCUAAGGAAUAUGAAUAUCUAGAUGUUUUCUUGAAAGGGUUUCAUGACUAUUCACCGGAUGGUUAUUAGGAGUUUCAAGGCUAUACUUGAAUUGGGAGAACCUUAUCAACGUAAGGGAGUGAGAUUUUCUUAUUCUUAUUAUUUUGGGAACAAGUUUAUAUCACUUAGAUUUUUGAGCAGUUUAAUUUUCAUUCCUAUAUUGCAUGCUCUUUUAUCAUAGGUAUGUAAAGUGAUUGUUCUAAGUGGUAAAACCAUGAGUGAUGAGUUCCCAUGCUUGAGGAUAAGAAUUAUGUGUUUAUGGAAUUCAUUAUGUGUGUUGGAGUUAUCACCAUUGUAAUGGUACAUGUACCUUAUCGAUAUCUUGAUGCAUAUUGAUUGUGUAGAAUUUGAAUUCUCAUAGUUGUUUAGAUUAAUAACUUGGGUGGAGAAUUUCAAUUCUUAUUUUUCCAAGGUGAUAAUUAUGUGUGGUUAUUUUACUCGAUAUGUGGAUGAUGUGCUCAAGUUAUAUUUACAUCACAUGUUGAAUAUUGAGUUUUAAACCUUCAUUGAAUUCUAUGUCUUCUCCCUUGAAAGUUGAAAGUGUUAUUUAAGUAAAUGGUUUUGAGUAAUAUAUGAAAACAAAUGUUUGGUUUUCAUAGUAAGUCAUUUUCUUAAUUUUUGAGAAGAUUUGUGGAAAUAUAAAAGCAUAUCAUUUGUGGGUAUGUGUGGAAUGUAAUUUUUAGCUUCAACAUUUAAAAGGACCUAAAACAUGAUUUAGGUUGUGGACGCUAGUAUAUUUUCCGCUAUGAUAAUGAUAUGUAUUGUUGGUAUUUUGACAUAGCUAUUAUUUGUGAAUUUACUGUGAAAUAAUUGAGUUGUUUUUAAUUUCACAAAUUUUUAGUGAACGAGGGUUUGCUUCAUUUUAAAGGUAUCAUGGAUAAGGUCGAAUGGUAUUUAUUUGCUAUGUUUUCAAAGUAUGUCGCUUUGAAGUUUUCGAUGCAAAUUAUAGAAGUUUGAUAUUGAUGAAGUACUUUCACUAAAGUGGCUAUGUUGAUUUGAGGAUCAUACUUUAUGAAGAACUUUUUGUAAAAUUGAGUUUUACAAAAUUGUCCCAUCAAAUUUAAUUGGUGUUAGUUGAACCAAGAACAAAGCAUCUUAUAAUUUCUUUACCAUGUGUGCUUUUGAGUGAGCAUAUACCAUUUAAAUGUCCUUGCUUAUGGUUAUACUUUCUAACGGAAAAUCUUAAUGCAAGGUACGCUAUGCACUAUGGUACGAAGAUUGAAUUGGGACAUGUAAUGAUCCUUGAUGGUUGAAAUGUCGAGGGGGAUAGGCUUCAUGCCCAUUUGAGUAAAGUAAUAAGCAUUACUUGCUUAUCCCUAUGGCAUGUGUUGUAAUGCUUGAAUGAGGUUGAGUCUUUGAACUCUUAAUGGUAGAGUGCUAGUUGAGAUGCACUUUAAAGAGAACCACCGCUUGUAUGAGGGUUGAGUUGUAUAAACUCUUAAUGAAUCUAACAUAUUGAAAUGGACGCAUUCAACUUGUGGAUUCACCAACCAAAUUAUUUGAGAGGUUGAACAUUAUAUUAUGUUCUUAAUGAAUCUAUGGUCUUGUGGGGGUUAAUAUAGCUGCGAGGUAGCUCUUGAUGGUUCACUAAAAGUGAACAUAAUUUAACCCUAUUGACUAAGUGCUAUUUUGAGAAGCACUUGAGGAUUCACCUACGUGGUUGUGAAGACUCGCCAUCUUCUAUGGAAACUUGGGCAGUUUCCUAGAGCUUCCAUGAGAACUAAGGUAAACGCAUGGCUUAAAACGCGUACACUUUGCGGAGUCCACAUAAUCUUUGGAGUGAGGUAUGUGUUGUGGGGGCGUGACUUAAAUCUUAGAGUUUCAAGGUUAGUCCACUAUUUGAUCAAGGACUUAAGGGUUUCAAGGUACGUCCACCCUUGGGUUUGUAAGUCAUAAUUCACUUCACUAGCAUUUGGUUUCAAUUUACUUUAUGUAACACCAAGUGUUAUGUAUUAAGCUCCUCUUAUGCCCAAUAUCUUCCUCUUUCAUUUGGUAUCUUUUCUCAUCUUUAGUGGGGGAUUGUUGGAAUUUAAAGAUGGAAAAGCGCUCAAAACCUGCCUGCCAGGUUUUGGAAAACCGGCAGGUUUCUCAAAACCUGCCUGCCAGGUUUUCCGAAACCGGCAGGUUUCGAGUGUAAGUUGAAAAUCGGACUUAAAAGACAUUUUUUGAAGUGAACCGAAAACCGGCCGGUUUUGGAAAACCGGCAGGUUUCGAGAUCGGUUCUUGGUGUUGUCCGUUUUUGAUCUUCUCUUGGAUUCCUCCUUUAUGAUAACCUUUUAAGUAUUAUUUAUGGACAAUUAUCAUUCUGAUUAUGGUGAUUAAGUUGGUCCAUUAUUUCUCUUGAUUAUGGGGGUUAUCAACUCUUCAUUAUCAUGGGUUUAUGGUUGAUUAAUAUCAUUGAAUUCCUUUGAAACCUUUGAUUUCUUUGGAUUGUUUUGUCUCCUCCACACAUCCUAUAAGUACUCUUCAUUUUCUGAGUUGUUGGUACACACAUACAUUGAUCUCUUCCUCUCCUCCUCCUUUCCUUUUUUGUUUUGGAUGGAAGAAUUUUGGUUCAUGAUUAAGUCAUGAAUAUUUGUAUCUCUUCAAACCGUUUCCUUCUUAUUCUUUUGGGCAUAAGUUUAUGUGGCUCCAUCUCAUCACCCAAAAGUGCCUUUGUGUGUUGAGAGUUGUGUAAACCUUAGGGAACGAAUCGGUGGAUACAAUUGUGCACCCCGGUUGCACCGAAUCUCGUUUUCAAGGCAGUGGUUUGGUUACCACGGCGCAACGAUUUCCUAAACUCGUUCUUAUUCUUAUUCUAGUAUUUGCCUUGAAAACCCAAUUAUUACAACAAAGUCUAAUCUCAAGAUCGCAAGAUUGGGAUUGUCCUCCCAUAAAUCGGGAUGAGAUGCUUAAAAGUUGUACAAGGCCACUCGGAGAGCUAGAAACUGUGAAAUGCAUGGCCGUGCUCGGAUGAAUCAUAGGCUAUGAUUAUCUGUUUAUUUGAUCAGUUGAACUCUGAAACCGAGAAACACCUCUGGACAUAAUAAGGAUGACAACUCUUACUUUAUGUUCAAGAGCAAGCAUCGAGCGACAAAGGAAUUAGGAAAUGCACACUUGUCCCUAAGGACAAGUGGGAGACUGAAGGAAAUAAUGCCCUUGGUCCAAGUAUGCAUUCGAUGUUAAGUCUAAUAAAUGCGGUUCAGUAUUAAUUAUCAAGUUAAUAAUUCAGUGAGAUCAAGUGAGCUGAAUGCCUAGCUAGAGGCCGCUUCAGUUCAUGUGGAAUUAAUGAUAUUAAUCCACAGCUUACUCUUGACUGAACCCGUAGGGUCACACAAAUAGUACGUAAACGGAUCAAGUAUUUAAUGGCAUUAGAUACUCCAUCUAUGGAUAUUCGGAAUCGACGGAUCUUGGUUUCAGUGGGAGCUGAGAUCGUCACAGGCAAGAAAUGAAUACUCCGGAAACGAUGAUAUUGCCGGAAACGGAAAUAUGGAUCGUAUCGGAAAUAUAAAUAUUAUCCAAGUCGUAGAUGUUGCCGGAAACAUGAUACGUAUCGGAAAAUAUUAUCGGAAAUGGAAAUAUUGCCGGAAUCGGAAAUAUUGUCGGAAACGGAAAUAUUGUCAGAAUCGGAAAUAUUAUCGGAAUCGGAAAAUAAUUCCGGAAACGGAAAUAUUUAAUAUUUGUUCGAAACGGAAAUUGAUUCCGGAAUCGGAAAUAUUAAAUAUUGUUCGUAUCGGAAGCGUAUCGUACGAAUUAGCAUCGGACGAGGCCCGCUAGACGAAGGCCCAGCACGAAGCCAGGCCAUCGCCCAGCGAGCCAACACGCACCAUCGCAUGCCAAGCCUCGACCAGGCCCAGCGCAAGGCCAGGCCCAGCCAAGGCCUGGGGCGCGCGCGCGAGAGCACAUCAGUGGGCUGAGCGCUGUGCGCCUAGCGUGGGCCGCAAGGCUUGCGCGGGUGUACGGUGCUCAUGCAAUGCUUGUGCGGGAAUCCUAAAGCAAUCGGGAUUCGAAAUAUGAUUAAAUCCUAAAACUAUUAGAUAAUGAUUAUUUAAUUAGAGUCCUAGUAGGAUUAUAAUUAAAUAAAUUAGUAUCCUAAUAGGAUUCCAAAACCUUUUCCAUAACUCUAUAAAUAGGUGCCUAGGGUCACAUAUUUACAUAGAUUAUUCAAGUAUUCAAAGUGAGUUUUUGAGAGAAAAAUUUAGUCACAUACCUUGCCUAAAAGUGCCGAAAUUAUUAGUACCUUAAGGGCGAUUCUAGUUGGUCAAUCUUAAGGCGGAUCCGGACGUGCUGUGGACUAUCUACGGAGGGACAACACUUGGAGUCCUAAAGACUUGUUCUUGUUCAGAUCGGGCGCAGCUAGGGAAGGCACGCAACAAAGAGUAUGCAUGUAAACUAUGCUAUAUGAUUAUGUGUAAAUAAUAUGUAUUCCUGGCUAAAUGGUUUUUCCGCAUGAUUUAUGAAUUGUCACAUGUAUCAUAACCUAACAAAAGCGACCUCCGGAAUUGGAACUUCCAGAAAGGCAACCAUUUGAAAAGAACUUUCAAAAAGUUGAUGGUCAUAAUGCAGUUAAUUCAAUGAGCAAGGUUCAACAAAGAAGUCUGCAACACAGAAAUAAUCAACCUGAAAAACAUUCUCUGAAGUCACAAAAGAAGCAACAACAGAAGGCAUUUUGUCGUCCAGGGUCAUUAUCUGCAUUUCGUGAGUUUCGAAAAAAUAAUCCGGAAAUAUGAUUCAGGAAAAUGAAAUAGAAAGUCCUUUCUCCCAUAAAGUGGCAUAUGAAUGUGAGAAUACAUCCACUAGUGCAAAUGAACAAGGGCUUGAAAUUGAACCACAACUUAGACAUGAUGAAAAUGUCGUAAUGGAUGGUAGGAGUGAAGCUUUGAGUGAAAAGGGUUUUCUAGCAAUUACAACUGAAAUCCCAAAGGAAGCUCCUACUAUGAAGAAGCGCCGUGGUCCGACAAAAUUGGUGAAGGUACAUGCUCGUACAAUGGACGAACGUCCUUACCUUAUUCUGAAUAAGUUUGGGCAGCCAGUAGGACCUACUGAUGAAAUUGUUGAAGAAUUUACUCGAUUUUUGGGAACCUUGGCAAAAGAUUCUGAGCUAGCUCCACUUAAUUUUGUUAAUUGGCCAAGUCUUCCCACACAUGAUAAAAUAUGGGAUUAUGUUCAGGAGACAUACUUGGUGCCUGAAGAAGGAAGAAAGUGGGUAAUGGAAACUGUUAACUAUGCCUGGCGUAUCCAUAAAUGUAAAAUGAAACAGAAAUACUAUUAUGCAUUUGAUACUGAUGAAGAAAGACUGGAAAAGCCUCCGGAGACGAUGCCAAAAACUCAUUUUGAAGAUCUCUUGAAUUAUUGGAAUUUAACGACGACUAAGGAAGAAAGUGAGACCAAUAAAAGGAAUCGUCAAAUGCUCGAGGACAUGCACACAAUGGGUCCAAAAUCAUAUGCCUUGUUACGUCAUAAAUUCGCAAGCAUUUUUCGACAAGAGGACCCGAAUAAGCAAGAACCUUCACAGGCAAAGGUCUACAAAGCAUCAAGGUCAAGAAAUCCUAAGAAGACAUACAAAACAAGCUUCAAGAAAACGAAGGAUAAUAUUGUGAGUUUAUCUUAUUACAUCCUUACUUCCUUGAAUAGCUAAGAUAGGUGUAAUAUUAUAUUGCUUAAUGAUCAGGAAUAAAUGGAGGCCAUAGUAUCUCAAGAAGACGAAGACGGCUCGAACACUGCAGAUCCCUACUAUGAAGUGAUAAAAAAACCUGAACACAAUGGACGUGUACGCCUUUUUGGGAAAGCUGUGACCAAGAAUGUUUUAAAGGGAAAAGGAAAAAAGUCGGGCUACACUAUUCCUGGAGAGUUUCUACAAAGCAUCCAUGCAAUGAUUAUUGAACAAUUGCAAGAAGCUAAUCCCGGAAUGAAUCUCGUAUUUCCUGGAUCCUCUAUUAGAUCUGUUCCAAGGGAGUCAAGUGAUAGGUCACAAGUUAACGAGGAGAGAACUGGGGAACAAUCUUCUGCUGGGACACACCUUUCAAAUCAGGUUGUUGAAGAACAAAUGGAUUAGAGAUGGAGGAAGUAUAACUCUUUGGUUGUGCAUGGAUCUCACAUGCCUUAUUAGUUAGCUCUUUUGAUGUAUAUUUUUUAUCGUUCCUACGGAAGUUGUGAUAGAUUAUUAUCUUUUGGGUAAAGUGCUUCAUUUUGUAUAUAUUCAGAUAAUUUGACAAUUAUAUAUUUAUGGUGUAAAUGGAAAUUUUCAACAA